AUGGGUAAGAUUAUGAAACCGGGAAAGGUGGUGCUGGUCCUCAGCGGCCGGUACGCAGGGCGUAAGGCUAUCGUAGUAAAAAACUACGAUGAGGGGACAUCAGACAAACCCUACGGCCACGCUUUCGUUGCCGGCAUCGACAGGUACCCCCGUAAAGUGCACAAGCGAAUGGGCAAAAACAAAAUUCACAAGCGCUCCAAAGUAAAGCCUUUCGUGAAGGUUGUCAACUACAAUCACCUUAUGCCAACCCGCUACUCAGUUGACUUCAGCUUUGAGAAAUUCAGUGCAAAGGACCUUAAAGAUCCCGCUAAGCGUAAGAAGCUUCGUUUCAAUACUAGAGUACGUUUUGAAGAAAGAUACAAGAGCGGAAAGAACAAGUGGUUCUUCCAGAAGCUUAGGUUC